AUGUCUGAUACGUUUAUUGAUUUGACUGCCCCAAAUGGGCUCCUUUACACUCAGCCAACUGGUCUCUUCAUCAAUAAUGCGUUCGUCCCUUCUAAAUCCGGAGAAAUGAUUAGCAGCAUCAAUCCAGUUAACCAAGAAAAUAUUGUAUCGGUUUCCGCUGCCAGCGCGGAUGACGUUGAUAUAGCUGUUCAAGCAGCUCGGACAGCGCUCAGUGAUCCUUUAUGGAAGUCCAUGUCUUCGUCAGAUCGAGGAAAGCUGAUGAACGAGCUAGCCAAUUUGAUCGACCAGGACAAGGAGGUUUUGGCGGUUAUUGAAUCUUGGGAUAAUGGAAAACCGUUUAUGGCUGCUUUUAAUGACGACCUGGGGGAGGUUAUCGGCAGUUUCCGCUAUUACGCUGGCUGGGCUGAUAAGAUACACGGAGAGACGACAAGUGGCCCUGUGUCAAGCCAAAAGUUGGCUUACACCGUCCGUGAGCCGGUUGGUGUCGUGGGCCAAAUUGUCCCCUGGAACUUCCCUCUGGCUAUGGCAGCAAUGAAACUAGCGCCUGCCCUCGCCUGCGGCAACACAAUUGUUAUUAAAGCCGCAGAACAAACUCCGCUGAGUAUUCUAUACCUGGCAACUCUGAUUCAGAAGGCAGGGUUCCCCCCGGGGGUUAUCAACAUUCUGAAUGGUCCUGGUGGGGUGACUGGUUCUAGCCUAGUAACUCACCCGCAUGUGGAUAUGAUUUCUUUCACAGGCUCGACUGCCACGGGCAAGGAGAUUAUGCGUCUAGCAGCCGGAGACAUGAAGCGUAUUCUCCUUGAAACCGGGGGGAAAUCUCCACUGAUAGUCUUUGAAGAUGCAGAUCUUGCGCAGGCCGCCAAAUGGGCUUGCUUUGGUUCCAUGUACAACCAAGGACAGAUUUGCACAGCCACGUCUCGGAUCCUCGUGCAGGAGGGAAUAAUGGGCCGUUUCAUUGAUCUUCUAAAGCAAGCUGUGGGUGCAAUCAAGGUGGGCGACCCUUUUCGCGACGACACCUUUCAAGGACCCCAGAAUAGCAAGGAACAAUUCGAUCGGGUGCUUAAUUACAUCGAGACUGGAAAGGCGGAUGGCGCUACCGUGGUGGCUGGUGGGGCCGCCAUUCCUGGUAAAGGACUCUAUAUUGAGCCUACAAUCUUCACCAACGUCGACGAAAAUAUGUCCAUUUGGAAGGAUGAGAUAUUUGGCCCUGUUGUUGUGGUAAAGAGCUUUACCAGUGAACAUGAAGCGGUCAAGUCGGCGAACAAUAGUAUUUAUGGGCUUGGGGCGGCAGUUUUCACGAAGGACAUUCAACGAGCCCACCGCAUUGCUGGUGAAAUAGUAUCAGGGACAAUCUGGAUCAACAGCAGCAAUGAUGGUGAUGUACGAGUUCCCUUUGGUGGAAUGAAACAGAGUGGAAUAGGAUGCGAACUGGGCGAGGAAGGAUUAAGGGCCUACUACCGGACCAAGGCCGUUCAUAUCAACAUUGGAAACGUAAUCUAG